UGCGCGCGCUCCGGAACCAUCUCAUCAGCUCAAGACAUUACUUGACCAUCCACUUCCAUCACCAGCAGCUGUCCACGUCGGCACAGCAACCUCUAGCUCGACUCCAAUGGAGCUGCCACCAUGGGUGUCCUUCCUCGGCGUCGUGUUCGCCACCGUGCUCUUCCUCAAAGCCGUCCUCCGCCGCCGCAGCCGCGCUUACAACCUCCCGCCGGGCCCCAAGCCGUGGCCAAUCAUCGGCAACCUCGACCUCGUGGGCGCGCUGCCGCACCGCUCCAUCCACGAGCUCUCCAAGAAGUACGGCCAGCUCAUGUACCUACGGUUCGGUUCGUUCCCCGUCGUCGUCGGCUCGUCGGUGGAGAUGGCCAAGUUCUUCCUCAAGACCCACGACGUGGUGUUCACGGACCGGCCCAAGACCGCCGCCGGCAAGUACACCACCUACAACUACCGCGACAUCACCUGGUCCCCCUACGGCGCGUACUGGCGCCAGGCGCGGAAGAUGUGCCUCACCGAGCUCUUCAGCGCCAAGCGGCUCGAGUCGUACGAGUACAUCCGCUGCGAGGAGGUGCGCGCGCUGCUGCGGGACCUGCACGCAGCGUCCGGCCGCGGCAGCGCCGUGAUGCUCAAGGACUACCUGUCCACGGUGAGCCUGAACGUGAUCACCCGCAUGGUGCUCGGCAAGAAGUACCUGGACAAGGAGGAGGUGGCGGCGCAGGGCGGCGGGUCGGUGAGCACGCCGGAGGAGUUCAAGUGGAUGCUCGACGAGCUGUUCCUGCUCAACGGCGUGCUCAACAUCGGCGACUCCAUCCCGUGGCUCGACUGGAUGGACCUGCAGGGGUACAUCAAGAGGAUGAAGAAGCUCAGCAAGAUGUUCGACCGGUUCCUGGAACACGUCGUCGAGGAGCACAACCAGCGGCGGCUGCGCGAGGGCAAGAGCUUCGUCGCGAAGGACAUGGUCGACGUGCUGCUGCAAAUCGCGGACGACCCUAACCUUGAGGUCGAGCUCAACCGGGAGAGCGUCAAGGCUUUCACUCAGGACCUCAUCGCCGGCGGCACGGAGAGCUCGGCGGUCACGGUGGAGUGGGCCAUCUCGGAGCUCCUCAAGAAGCCCGAGGUAAUCGCCAAGGCCACCGAGGAGCUGGACCGCGUCAUCGGCCGCGGCCGCUGGGUCACGGAGAAGGACAUCCCUCACCUCCCCUACGUCGACGCGAUCGUCAAGGAGACCAUGCGGCUGCACCCUGUCGCGCCCAUGCUGGUGCCCCGCCUGUCCCGCGAGGGCACGUCCGUGGGAGGCUACGACAUCCCCGCCGGCACGCGCGUGCUCGUCAGCGUGUGGUCCAUCGGCCGCGACCCCGCGCUGUGGGACGCGCCCGAGGAGUUCGCGCCGGAGCGGUUCCUCGGCAGCAAGCUCGACGUGAAGGGGCAGGACUACGAGCUGCUGCCGUUCGGCUCCGGGCGGCGGAUGUGCCCCGGGUACAGCCUCGGGCUCAAGGUGAUCCAGGUGAGCCUCGCCAACCUGCUGCACGGCUUCGCGUGGAGGCUCCCCGACGGCGUGACGAAAGAGGAGCUGAGCAUGGAGGAGAUCUUCGGGCUGUCCACGCCUCGCAAGUACCCGCUUGAGGCCGUCGUCGAGCCCAAGCUCCCGGCACACCUCUACACCGAGGCUUGAUGUGUGCGUAUUUCUUCAGUACUGUGCAGUGUCGUGUCGACUUGCUGUCAGUGUUCCUGGUGUUGUUACUUUGUAUGUUUUCCUCCAAGCUUGCGUCCUGUGUUGCGUCGACUCUAUAGUGGAAUAAUGGUGUAACUCAAUAUGCUUGCUUAUAUAUACAACAAGGAUAAAUUCUCUGCUUAGAA